AUGGCGCGUUCAGAGAAAGAUCGCGAUGCAUUUGCGAAAGAGAUGUUGAAGAUCUAUGACAAGUCGCGAGGCCGGUUCGCUGCAGAGCUGAACGACGACAAAUUCACCAGAAUCAGCCGCGAGGAGCUCGAUUCGCUGCGGCAGACCUCGGCCAAUGUGGAGAAGCUUGUAGAAGGUCAUAGCCGGCUGUCAGACGAGUUGGAGAAAGCCCGGGCAGCUGCAGUGAGGGUUGAGGGAUUGGAGAAGGAGAACAAGCGUUUGGCGCUGCAGCUUCAGAACAGAUUGCAGCAACAACCUACCCCGAUACAGACACCUUUACAGAUACCGCACUCUCGAAUCCAGCAUGGAAAUGACUUGGGCUCCACGCCUGGCACGGGCACUCCGUCACUGUCUUUCAACAAAAUAGAGGCCAAUGAUAUGCCCAUCACGAAGGAGCAGUACGCGGGAAUUGUCAAGAAAUACAAUUCCAUGUGCGAGGAAUACCUCUCUCUCAAGGGCGAAUAUAACAAGGUCAAGAGAUCGCACUACAAUUUGUUGCAGAGUGAGAAGAAUUGGGGUACGUGGAUGCAAUCCACGCAGAAGACCCUGGAGAAGAAGAAAGACAAGAAUCGAAAGUAUGGGGAAGAGAUCAAGAAACUGAAGGCACUUCUGAGGGAGCAUGGUAUUGAGCCAAUUGAGACGUCGCUAUUCGAUCGGACUCCUAGGAGAGACGAGAGCACCCCAUGCAGACCACCAACCAGGCAGCGUCGAAGCGAAGUACAGGUCCCAGCCAGCAGUCCUCCAAGAAGCAAUCAGCAUAUACCUCAAGCCCAGACUGUCGAACCAGCUCAGGAUCCGCUUGCUCACGCUGCGGACAACGAGGACAUCCAGCUUCCGCCUAAUCGUGAGGAAAUCGAGCUUCCCCCCAAUCGUGAGGAAACCCAUGUUGCCGAAACCGAAUUUGUACCGCUCGAAGGCCAUGAUACCAGCUCGACACAAGGAGGCUCGGAUCCCGCCGAGCCAGAGCUUCCAGCACGGGAAGUUGUAGCUGCUGUCGUGGAACAGAUUGCAGAUACAAGCUUUCCAGUUGUCGUAACGUCACGAACAGUCAAUAAACGCAAGCAAAUGCACGACACUGUUGAGCAGACUCCACGGGAAAGAGUGAAGGUUGAGAUAUCGAGCAGCAGUCCUAUUCGCCUUCCAGCUAUUGAUUCAGAUGGGAGUAUGGACCUGGACGACAUCGGGGACAAGGUUGACACGCCUAGGAAGGCGCGCCAUGACAUUCCCUUAAAUAGACAAGUCUCAAGAAUCAGCGCAAGCACCCAGGACUCUACGCAGAGCUCUAAUCAGAGCAGACAGCCGCGGAAUUUGUCGUGUGCGACUACUUCACAGGGUACUCCUCCGGCGACAUCUGCCCCCCGCGAAACUAGAUCCAUCCUGCAACCGCGGAGCACCAACAGAAGUGUCCUACCCAGAACUUCCGAUGGUAUAGACAGAGCACCUAAAAGACCCAGAGUGACGACUGAUAUUGGAAGCGUGGCUGAAGAUGGCGAGUCUUCCCCGAGAACAGCGACGAGACAUCCUUUACACAAUAGCGAAUGUCUUGAGAAUUUGCUUUUAAAUCCAUCUCCGGUCAAGGCUAUUCUUAGGCCUCUAGCAGGCAACGGUGCUCUACAAUCUGCUCGUCCAAGGGCCGGUCUUGAGCAACAGCGAGCAGCUACUGCGACUUCUAGUCUGGCUCGCGAGGUGGCAGCCAAUAUCCCAGCAGAUAUAGCGUACUCCAACCACACACGGGUUCCACCCAAUUUGAGUAGAGGAAACCCAACGACUGCUAGAUCGCUAGCACCCACUAGCCAGGGAUCUACUGCUACAUCAAGACCCACGCCCCAAGGAUCUCUUCCAGUCGCAGUGCCUUCGAAGCCAUCAACCAAUACUUCUAAAAAGACCUCGGUAGAGCCGGUCAGACCGAUACUCAAAGUACUUUCCAGGAAAUCCAAGGAACCAUCGCCAGAUGAGGAAAUGCUGAUGCGUUCUCCGACGCCUGAUCCAACUCAGCUGCCGCCACGCCGGAAUGUACAAGAAUUCCUCAAGGAAAGCAAAUCAAAAUCACGACCUUCAAUUGAGGCUGCCAAACCAUCCCCUCGAGUGUCUGCUAUCACUGGUAGGCCAGAAAUCACGAAGAAAAAACAGGGUCAGACAGAAAAGGAGUAUCUAAUGGACCCUGAUCAAGAGCCUCUGCGUUCUAGGCCCUUGCAUAAGCUCACUCUCCAGGACUUUAAGAUCAACCCAAAUUACAACCAUGGGGUAGGAUAUGCAUACAGCGAAGUAGUCCGGGGAGAUGCUCGAAAGUGCCUUCAAGGAUGCGUCAAGCCCAACUGCUGCGGUCCCAAGUUUCGGGCAUUGGCAGAAAUAGAGAUCGAUCGGCGAGAAGCAUUCAUGGCACCUUCGCAAAAGGAGCGAGACGACCUGCAGUUGGAAGAUUACUUGGGCGACAAUGCAUACAAGAUCCCAAGACUGAGUGAGGACGAAAGAAGGGAACUUCUGAUCAAAUCUGAGACAAGAAUACAGGCGAAUAAGCAUGGAAAGCAUAGGCAUGCGUAUGAGAGGCAACCGACCCCGCCAGGCUUCUGGGACGUGGACUUUCCAUCUACGCAGAAGGAGGCUGAGGAUCGUCGACUGGUAAAGGAGAUGGAGAGAGGGAUUGUGGAGCAGCGGUACAGGGAGGCUAUGAGACCUGGUGGCUCGUAUAUGUUUCGCGAUGAGAACCCAUGA